AUGGGUCACGGAGGAAACAAUGUGAUUCCCAACGUGCACUUCAGAAAAGUGAACGGAUGUCAGUCGGGGCGCAACAAUCGCGUCUUCAUGCGCACCUGGUUGAACCAGGCUGGCCGCAAGAAGCGUCGUGCCAACACCCGCAAGGAAAAGGCGGCGAAGAUCUUUCCCCGCCCUUCCGCGGGACUGCUGCGGCCCCUGGUGCAUCCUCCCACCCAGCGAUACAACAUGAAGCUGCGCUUGGGCAAGGCACCUGGGCAGAGACCCUGGAGCUGA